AUGGCUUCAUUACCAGUGAUGUUAUUUCUCACAACUCUGCUGUUUCCAUCAAUGCUCACUGAAGGACGGGUUUUGACACAGAUUCAGAAAGAACCUACAAUAACUGCUAAUCACAAGACAAAUAACAAGACUGUCUUGGGCAAGAUUGACAGCCAAGGUGAAGGAAAUAUUACAGAAGCCUUGGAGAGGACCCUCUGUGCUUGCAAUCAAGACCAAACAGUGACUGAAGACCAGGCCAAGGCUAAUCAACACAGUUUAAACCAGUCUAAAUUCUUGAUUGCCCUAGUCACAUGUGUGCUUCACGUGGACCCAAUAAAUUUCAGUCACAAGGCCCAUAGGUUUCCUGUGUUCAGGGUUAGGCAGCAACAAGAUAAUUUUAUGUAUAAAGACCUGUCCUUUUUGGAUGGAUUCCUGUUCAUAAUAGAAAAAGUGUUGUUUUCCCAUUAA